CUGUGCAACGGACAACGGUUCCCGCUGUUCCGCGAUCUUGUUUACUAUGUUUUAAUUUAAUGUUUUGUUCAAUAAUUACUGUAAUUUUAAGUAAAAUUUAAUGUAUUCGACGCCAACAAGAUGUACAUUAAAUCUAUUGUACUGGACGGGUUUAAAUCAUACGGUACCCGUGUGGAAGUGACUGGCUUCGACCCGGAAUUCAAUGCCAUCACAGGAUUAAAUGGCACUGGAAAAUCAAAUAUUUUGGAUUCUAUAUGUUUUGUGCUCGGGAUCACUAAUUUAUCUAAUGUAAGAGCUGGGAGUCUUCAGGAGUUGAUAUACAAACAUGGUCAGGCUGGUAUUACCAAGGCAACAGUCAGUAUCACAUUUGAUAACAGGGACAAAGCACACUGCCCUAUAGGUUAUGAAAACCAUGAUGAAAUAACUGUUACAAGACAGGUGGUAAUGGGUGGUAAGAACAAGUACCUGAUAAAUGGCAUCAACGUUCAGAACAAGAGGGUCAGUGACCUGUUCUGCUCGGUACAGCUCAAUGUAAACAACCCACAUUUUCUCAUCAUGCAGGGAAGGAUCACGAAAGUGCUGAACAUGAAGCCACCAGAGAUAUUAUCAAUGGUAGAGGAAGCAGCUGGUACAAGAAUGUACGAAACUAAGAAACAAGCUGCACAGAAAACUAUUGAGAAGAAAGACGCUAAACUUCUACAACUCAAUGAUAUUAUCAAAGAAGACAUUGCUCCCAAACUGCAGAAGUUGCAGGAUGAACGUGCACAGUUUCAAGAGUAUCAGAAAGUAGUUCGAGAGUUAGAAAAUCUAAGCAGACUCUAUGUGGCUUUUAAGUAUGUAACAGCAGAGGAGAAUGCCAAGGAAGCCGCUAAUAAAGUCAUAGAAGUACAGAAUGACAUCAAAAGUAAGAAAGAGACCAUCAAAUCCAAUGAGAUUGAGGCCGUAGAGCUGGAUAAACAAGUUAUUGAGAUUAAUAAGAAAAUUGAUGAGGAAUCAGGCAGCGUGCUCAGACAGCUGGAGCGGGAAGUGCAGGGCGGGGAGCGGGGCGAGGCGGGCGCGGGCGCGGCGCACAAGGCCGCGCGCGACGCGCUGGCGUCGCAGGAGAAGAGAGCGCGCCUGCUGGAACGCGCGCUGGCCGACGACAACGCCGCGCUGGCCGACAAGAAGCAAGUGUUGGACCAGGUGUCGGCGACCUUCGAGCGGCUGCGCGCGGCCAGCGCGGAGGGCGAGGCGGCGCUGGCGCAGGCGCAGCAGCGCUUCCUGGCCGUGAGCUCGGGCCUGGAGGGCGCCUCCGAGUCGCUGCAGGACCAGCUCAUGGCGGCCAAGCAGGAAGCGUCGGAGGCCUCCACCCGGAUAUCGCAGAGUUCGAUGGAGAAGAAGCACGCGGAGGAGAGGCUCAAGACGUUGCAGAAGGAGUUCAAGACCAGCAGCGCGCAGUACGAGAAAGACCGGCGCAGCAUCGACAAGCACCAGGCAGAGGUGGACGAACUGCAGGCGCAGCUGGCGGGCACGAGCCACAGCGAGGCGCGCAGCCGCGAGCUGGCGGACGAGGUGCGCUCGCUGCAGGGCGCGCUGCGCGGCAAGCGCGACCGCGCCGACGCGCUGGCGGCGCGCCUGCAGCGCUGCAACUUCCACUACUCGCCGCCCGAGCACAACUUCGACACCCGACGCGUGUUCGGCACAGUGUGUCGGCUGAUCGACGUGGAGGAUCAGCUUUACUGCACGGCGCUGGAAGAAGUCGCCGGUGGCAGGCUGUACAACGUGGUGGUGGACUCGGACGCCACCAGCAAGCUGCUGCUGCAGCGCGGGCGCCUGCAGGCGCGCACCACCAUCAUCCCGCUCAACAAGAUCCGCGCGCACGUCGUGCCGCCCGCCAAGCUGCGCGCGGCGCAGGACAUCGCGGGCGGCGCGGACAAGGUGCGGCCGGCGCUGGAGCUGGUGACGUUCCCGGAGGCGCUGCGGCCCGCCAUGCAGUACAUCUUCGGCGGCGCGCUGGUGUGCAGCGACCUGGACGUGGCCAAGCGCGUCACCUACCACCCGGCCGUGCGCUGCCGCUGCGUCACGCUGGACGGCGACGUGUUCGACCCCUCGGGCGUGCUGUCCGGCGGCGCCCGCCACAAGGGCGGCUCGGUGCUGGUGCAGCUGGCGGAGCUGCGCGCGCUGGAGGGCGAGGUGCGCGCGGCGGAGGCGCGGCUGGCGCACUGCUCCGCCGAGCUGGCCGCCACGCAGCACGCCGCCGACGCCUACUCCGCGCUGCAGCAGAAGCUGGAGAUGAGCGAGCACGCGCUGCGCGUGGUGCGCGAGCGCGCGGCCAGCACGCCGCACGCGCAGCUGCUGCAGGAGGUGGAGGCGCUCAACCGGCGCGUGGCGCAGCUGGCGGCGGCCGAGGCGGCCGACCGCCGCACGCAGGCCGACACGGCGGCGCGCGCGCGCGACCUGGAGGCCAAGGUCAAGGACAUCAAGGGGCAUCGCGAGCGAGAGUUCAAAAAGGCGGAAGAGGCAUUGAAGAAAGCGAAAAAAGACGCGGAACACCACAGCAAUUCCUGGAAGCAGAGGGAACAAGAGUUUGAAACACUGCGCUUGGAGGUGGAGGAGUUGGAGAAAGCGGUCGAGUCCAGCGCGAGACAACUGCAGGAGACCAAGGACAGUUUAGUGGAGUUGCAGACAGCCCUGCAAGCAGCUAAGGAGGAGCACAAUAAUGCUACCGCUGCAGUGAAGGAGCUUCAAGCAAAGAUCCGGCAGCAAAAGGCGGAAAUCGCCAGCCGCAACUGCGACAUCGCGCGGCUCGUGCAGCAGAAGGAGCAGCUGGCCAAGGGCAGCGCCGAGUUGGAGCUGAAGAUCAAGGAGCUGGACUACACCAUCAAGGAGCUUCAGAUAGAGGCCGGCGACUGUGAGAAGCGGAUCCGGAGCCUGGAGAGCGAGCACGCGUGGAUCGCGGCGGAGCGGCAGUACUUCGGGCUGCUGGGCGGCGCCUACGACUUCAGCGGCAAGCAGGCGCACCUGGCGGGCCCGCGCGUGGCGCAGCUGCGCGAGCGGCGCGACAAGCUGGCGCGCGGCCUCAACGCGCGCGCGCACACGCUGCUGGGCAAGGAGGAGGAGCAGUUCCAGGACGUCAUGCGCAAGAAGCGGAUCGUGGAGCAGGACCGCGCCAAGCUGGUGCAGGUCAUGGCCGAGCUGGACGAGAAGAAGCGGCGCACGCUGGCCGCGGCCUGCGACCAGGUCACGCGCGACUUCGGCUCCAUCUUCAGCUCCCUGCUGCCGGGCGCGCAGGCCGAGCUGCGCCCGCCGCCGGGCCAGAGCGUGCUGGACGGCUUGGAGGUGAAGAUCGGCUUCAACCACACGUGGAAGGAGUCGCUGGGCGAGCUGUCGGGCGGGCAGCGCUCGCUGGUGGCGCUGUCGCUGGUGCUGGCCAUGCUGCUGUUCAAGCCCGCGCCGCUGUACAUCCUGGACGAGGUGGACGCGGCGCUGGACCUGGCGCACACGCAGAACAUCGGCCAGAUGCUGAAGGAGCACUUCCGCCACUCGCAGUUCAUCAUAGUGUCUCUCAAGGACGGCAUGUUCAACAACGCCAACGUACUGUUCCGCACGCGGUUCGUGGACGGCAUGUCUUCGGUACAGCGGACAGUCAACCCGACGAGAUGAACAGAACACAUAUUUUACAAUCAUUAUAAUUAUUACUGUUAAGCUGUUCCAAAAUGUUUCUUUAAAUAAAUAUU